AUGUCGCGCUCGUCAAAGGGCUUUGCCGAUUUCUUCCCUACUGCUCCUUCAGUGCUCCAACAAAAACGUUCCAAAGCUUCUCAGGAUCGCAGAAGACACCAGUCCCCGUCCGUUGGCCUGUCUUGUUCCUCUAGCGCGCUUUCUGCACCUCCUGCUCCCUCUGACGGCGAGGGCGAAAUCGACACCCUUGCCCACGGAACACCAAAUGGCCAUUUCAACGCAAUGUCAAGCUCGCUGACGCAUGAGGAGAACGAAAUUGCGAACAGCGACAUCGCACAUGAAGUUGGCUCCACUAGCUCUACGAGCACUACAUCUUCUAUCUUCAGUGCAGUCAACAGAGAUGCCAACAUGGCGCAUCAAGAUGAACCACACAAAUCCACAAGCCUAACGCCCCUCACCAACACGGACUCCUCUCCUCGAGCGAAUGGUAAUAAUUCGCCGCCCAAAAGGCGAACUCAUGAUGAGCAUCUCUCAGCUGGAAACUCGGCACUAUCACCCCCGCGAGACCAAGUGGAAGGACCGUCGAUUUAUCGAGGCUUGGAUUUUGCACGUGCCCAACUGCCAGCCGCGCUGUCGGCACGGCCUGGCAAAGGGGAGGUCAAGGGAUUCCAAGCCGUUUACGACCCCGAUUUAGACAAAACGCUGAAGGGAAAGGAAAAGAGAAGCCGUCAGGUUCAGUUCAGUCCAUUUGGCGAAGAGGAAGAUGGGGCUUCCCCAACAGACCCCCGAUUAAGAAUUUCUAACUAUACCAAAGGAGCUGCAAACAAGCACAAGAACCGCCACCGAAUCGCACCGUACUCAUUAAAAGCUUACCAGUAUGACAAGGAAACGUCGAUUGGGCCUGGACCGCCAAUUAGAAUCGUGGUGACCGGAUUUGAUCCUCUUACCCCUGUCAACCAAAUACGUCAUCUUUUCUCUAGCUUUGGAGACAUAGCAGACAUCACUAGUCACACUGAUCCGGAGAACGGUAGCUUUCUGGGUAUAUGCCUUAUUAGAUACAAGGACAGUCGGUCGCUUCGCGGCGGGCCGGCCACAUCUGCAAGCGCUGCUGCAAAGAAAGCUCACCUAGAAUGCAAAGACGGUCAGACUAGGGUUGGUCUCUGUCCUGUUUUUGCUGAACUUGAUCGUGAUGGGUCUGUGGGCCGGCGUGCACUGGCCAAGGCCAAGGAAAGACAGCGAUACAAAGAGAAAAAGGUGGAAAUGCCAAAGAAGGAAACGAGUAUGGAGAUACCGGGGCCUCCUCCAUCUGCGCCAAAAGGUCCUUCUGCGAAAUUUCCUGUGCGGCCCAACCUGCCACCACCACUAGUACCAACGACGCCAUUACCACGAUCCACUGCAAUACAACAGCCACCUUCGCAAUUCGAUGCUUCCAGAAAGGCUGCGGAAGUCGACUACCCAGGCUCGAUAGAGGAGAAGCCCAUAUUGGAUCAAAUUAAGCGCGAUCCGUAUAUCUUCAUUGCUCAUUGUUACGUGCCUGUAAUGCCUAAAACGGUACCACAUCUGAAGAAGAGACUCAAGAACGAGAAUUGGGAGCAAGUGAGGUGCGACAAGACAGGGUAUUAUGUGAUAUUCGAGAAUUCGAAACGAGGCGAGGAAGCUGCGGUCAAAUGCUACAAAGCGUAUCGUUUGCGUGAAUUGUUCACCUACAUCAUGAACAUGGAGUGUCAUGAGUUUGGAAAUCCCAAUUACGAAAGAAGCCCCACUCCUGAGAGAGCUAUUGCAGAGCAACGUGAAAAGGCAGAGCGGGAAAGGGUUCAAAGGGAGGAUGAGCUGGAUCUCGAGGAGGAAAAAAAGCAAAGAGCUAAGAACCUCGACCCCGUCAGCGAAGCGGCAGAAGUUCUCAGAACUGAGCUCCAAGUCAAGCUCAUGCAGGAUGUCCGACUCAAGCUUGCAGCACCAACUCUAUAUGACUUUCUGGAUCCUGACCGGCAUGCGGAUAAAAGACGGAGACUGAAUAUCACAGAUCCGAACGACAGGAGAGGAAGCGGUUCCAAAUUUGACAUGAGCGAAACACCGCCAAACGGUACGCCAGAUUCGAGGAGCGAUGUCUUGAUCAAUGGCCGUCGGCCCCUGGCGACUUCGACGUUGAACGUUACUACUCUGCCCAGAAUUCGGAAAGGAGUCGGUGGUAAGCGAGAGAACGUUGGUUUCACAGAUGAACGGCGUAAGCAGAAAGCUCCUAAGAAGAUGGCAGUCCGUGGACUUCACCAUCGUUUGCCCACAUUUCGAGACGAUGACGAGGAUUCGGAAGAUGAACGGCGUACUACUUUCACAAGAGAUACCGAAGAGCAGGACAGUAGGCCAGCGAGCCGGAUGAGCAUUGCGUCAGACAUGUCGGAAAACGAGAGCACCAACCCAACACCGAAGAAAACUCGCCGGCACAGUAGAGCUUCAGCAUGGAGUACGAUGCCUGACGAGGAAGAUACUGAUGAUGUCACGCCAGCUAUGACCGAUAUAGAUCAGGAGAUUUCUCGGGAUGCCAGCAAAGUUCAACAAACGUCCAAGAAGAGAAAACGACUUAUCCAGGACAUUGCUGACAAAAAGAAGCAGAAGGAAGAUGAAGAGUUAUUCGGGAUUAGCAAAGACGACGGAAAUGUCCUUGUACCUUCUUCGACAAUAGAGAUCGAUUCUUCGGUCACAGGCAUCCAGUUCUUUGAAAUGGACGGUCUAGCUGACAAUCCAUCGAAAGAUAUUAGCGAAACGCCGGACCUCGAUUCCGAGAGCAGAUUGGUAACAUCAAAACAGACAAAAGGAAAGAAGAAGAAGACCAAGAAGCAGGUCUUCGAAGAGCGAGAAGCCCUCAAGAAGCGGCAAGCCAAGGCUGAAUUUAAUGAGAUAAUGGCAAAUGCUCCGAAGAUUGGGGAAAUCCAGCCUGAAGUGGUGAUUGAACCUACAGAGCAAGCAACAGCUGAGAACGAAUGGAGUGCAACGAAGGGGGAACCUCAGCGCACGGUUGCUGAGGAUCCGAAUGUAGUGCUUGACUUGGACGGAUGGCAGCAUAAUGUCAAAGACGAAGAAGACCUACGAUACCUGCGACAAGUCCUGGCUGAUCGAUCCGAGGCAAGUCUGGGUAAUGUCUCCCUAUGGGCCUGGAAGCAAAAAGAGAUCAAGGCGCUUAAUCGUGGUGGUGAGAGGGGCGUCAUUAGAGCCGAGACCAACAUCGACGGUUAUUAUGUACCAAACUCCACAGGCUGCGCCAGGACUGAAGGGACCACGAAAAUCUUGGAGUCGGAAAAGUCCAAGUACCUGCCCCAUCGGAUCAAGGUUCAGAAAGCUCGCGAAGAACGGGAAGCCCAGGCGAAGGAUGACCCUGUUGCUGCCGCUGCGGAAGCCGUGGCGCUGGCGUUGGCGAAAACCCAAUCCAAGUCGUCCUCACGGUCGAACCGUGUCAACAAUCGUCGUCUCGUCGCCGAUAUUGCCGCCCAAAAACAGGUGCUGGCCACAUCCAAUGGCGAAGGUGACGCGAUCCGCUUCAAUCAGCUCAAGAAACGAAAGAAGCCUGUCAAAUUUGCUCGUUCUGCCAUCCACAAUUGGGGACUUUACGCAAUGGAGAACAUCGCUGCCAAUGACAUGAUCAUAGAGUACGUUGGCGAGAAGGUGCGACAGCAGGUGGCCGACAUGCGAGAACGGCAAUACUUGAAGAGCGGGAUCGGCAGCAGCUACCUUUUCAGAAUCGACGAAAAUACCGUCAUCGACGCUACGAAGCGCGGUGGCAUCGCACGUUUCAUCAAUCACAGCUGUGAUCCAAAUUGCACCGCCAAGAUCAUCAAAGUAGAAGGCAGCAAGCGAAUUGUCAUCUAUGCCCUCCGGGACAUUGGGCAAAAUGAAGAACUCACAUAUGACUACAAAUUCGAACGGGAAUGGGGCAGCGAUGAUCGAAUACCUUGUCUUUGUGGCACUGCACGUUGCAAAGGCUUUCUCAAUUGA